CGCAGCGACGCGCACGCUUGGCAUCGAGCCGCGUUCACGCGAGUUCAGGGCGGUGGAGGUGGAGGCGGCGACGGCGACGGCGAGGGUUGGACCGGACCGGUUCGGGCUCCGUCUUUAACCAAGUUUACAAGAUGUCAGACAGUGAUGCGAGUAACUUUACUGAUGAUGAGAGUUCCCACAGCAGCGAGGAAGAAGAGCAAGAGGAAAAUGAGGAGGAGGAAGAGCGUGCCAGUAGGGUUGGCAGCGAGAAAGCAGAGGUAGAAAGAGAGGUAGAGGAGGCAGAGGAAGCUGAUGAGGAGGAAGAGGAGGAGGAGGAAGAGGAGGAGGAGGAUGAAGAAGAGGAAGAGUACGAUGAGGAGGAAGAUGAUCGACCCAAAAAGAAACCACGACAUGGCGGGUUCAUCUUGGACGAAGCUGAUGUGGAUGAUGAAUAUGAAGAUGAAGAUCAAUGGGAGGAAGGAGCAGAAGAUAUUCUUGAGAAAGAAGAAUUUGAAGCCUCCAACAUUGAUAACCUUGUCCUUAACGAUGACCAUUCAGGAGCGAGGAGAUUGAUGAAUCAUUGGAGAGACAAAAGAGAAGAGGAACUUGGUGAAUAUUAUAUGAAUAAAUAUGCCAAGCCAACUGCAGGUGACCACUUCUAUGGUGCUUCAGAUGAACUCUCUGAUGAUAUCACACAACAGCAGUUACUGCCUGGUGUAAAAGAUCCCAAUUUAUGGACUGUGAAAUGUAAGAUUGGUGAGGAAAGGGGAACUGCCAUUUCUUUGAUGAGGAAGUUUGUCGCCUAUCAGUUGACAGAUUCACCCCUCCAGAUCAAGGCUAUUAUUUCUCCUGAGCAUGUGAAAGGGUAUAUUUAUGUGGAGGCAUACAAGCAGACUCAUGUGAAGCAGGCCAUUGAGGGUGUGGGGAACCUGAGGAUAGGGUUCUGGAACCAGCAGAUGGUCCCCAUCAAGGAAAUGACUGACGUGCUGAAGGUGGUGAAGGAAGUGACCAACUUGAAACCCAAGUCCUGGGUUCGUCUAAAGAGAGGUCUCUACAAGGAUGACAUUGCACAGGUGGACUAUGUCGAGCCAAGCCAAAACACCAUUUCACUGAAACUGAUCCCAAGAAUUGAUUACGAACGAAUCAAAGCUCGGAUGAGUUUGAAAGACUGGUUUGCCAAAAGGAAAAGGUUUAAGAGGCCACUUCAAAGACUCUUUGAUGCAGAAAAAAUCAGAUCGCUGGGUGGUGAUGUUACCACUGACGGAGACUUCCUCAUAUUUGAGGGCAAUCGCUACAGUCGAAAAGGAUUUUUGUUCAAAAGCUUCGCCAUGUCUGCAGUUAUUACAGAAGGAGUUAAGCCCACACUUUCUGAAUUGGAAAAAUUUGAGGACCAGCCAGAGGGCAUUGAUCUGGAAGUGGUUACAGAAUCAACAGGUAAAGAAAGAGAACACAACUUGCAACCUGGAGAUAAUGUGGAAGUUUGCGAGGGUGAACUGAUAAACCUACAAGGGAAAAUCUUGAGUGUGGAAGGCAAUAAGAUCACAAUUCUUCCCAAACACGAGGAUCUGAAGGAUCCUUUAGAGUUUCCAGCCCAUGAAUUGCGAAAAUAUUUCAAAAUGGGAGACCAUGUGAAGGUGAUCGCAGGGCGGUACGAGGGAGAUACAGGACUGAUUGUACGCGUUGAGGAGAACUUUGUCAUUCUAUUCUCAGACCUGACAAUGCACGAGCUGAAAGUGCUCCCGAGGGAUUUGCAGCUGUGUUCGGAAACGGCGUCUGGUGUGGAUGCAGGGGGUCAGCAUGAGUGGGGUGAAUUGGUGCAGCUUGAUCCACAGACUAUGGGCGUCAUUGUCCGGUUGGAGAGAGAGACAUUUCAGGUUCUUAAUAUGUAUGGGAAGGUUAUUACUGUACGACACCAGGCAAUAACCCGGAAAAAGGACAAUCGGUUUGCUGUGGCUCUGGACUCUGAGCAAAAUAAUAUUCAUGUGAAAGACAUCGUCAAAGUCAUUGACGGACCGCACUCUGGCCGUGAGGGUGAAAUUAGACACUUGUAUCGUGGGUUUGCCUUUCUACAUUGUAAGAAGUUGGUGGAAAACGGUGGCAUGUUUGUUUGUAAAACUCGCCACUUGGUACUUGCUGGCGGUGCGAAGCCAAGGGACGUCACAAAUUUCACAGUGGGUGGUUUUGCUCCGAUGAGCCCCCGAAUCAGCAGUCCAAUGCACACCAGUGGCGGAGCUCCUCGAGGUGGUGGUGGUGGUGGUGGCGGUGGCGGUGGGUUUGGAGGGCAAGGGGGAAUGGGCCGUGGUCGAGGACGCAGAGAUAACGAUUUGAUCGGACAGACAGUUCGUAUCUCACAAGGACCAUAUAAAGGUUAUAUUGGUGUCGUAAAGGAUGCAACAGAAUCUACAGCUCGAGUUGAGCUUCAUUCCACCUGCCAGACCAUUUCUGUCGAUCGCCAACGUCUCACUACAGUAGACUCGAAGAAGAAGGGUGGCUUGACGUCUGCUUAUGGCCGUACUCCUCUGUAUGGGUCCCAAACGCCACUAUAUGGCUCCGGAUCACGGACACCGAUGUACGGCUCCCAAACACCCUUGCACGAUGGGAGUCGAACCCCUCAUUAUGGUUCCCAGACACCAGUUCACGAUGGCAGCAGAACACCAGGACAGAGCGGUGCUUGGGAUCCCAACAAUCCCAACACACCCUCCAGGAACGAUGAAGAUUACGAUUUCCCUUAUGAUGAUGAACCCACGCCAUCUCCGCAGGCAUAUGGUGGCACACCCAACCCACAGACUCCAGGCUAUACAGAUGUUCCAUCUCCACAGGUUAAUCCUCAAUACAACCCUCAAACUCCUGGAACACCAGCAAUGUAUAACACCGACCAAUUCUCUCCCUAUGCAGCUCCAUCCCCUCAAGGAUCUUAUCAGCCCAGCCCCAGUCCGCAGAGCUAUCACCAGGUUGCACCGAGUCCUGUGGGCUAUCAGAAUACUCACUCACCAGCCAGCUAUCACCCAACACCUUCGCCCAUGGCAUACCAGGCAAGUCCAAGUCCAAGCCCUGUUGGGUACAGUCCAAUGACACCUGGAGCCCCAUCUCCUGGUGCAUACAACCCUCAUACACCAGGUUCCAAUAUUGAUCAGGGCUCGAACGACUGGGUAACAACAGAUAUCAUGGUGAAAGUCCGUGACACGUACCUGGACGCACAGGUUGUAGGGCAGACGGGAGUCAUCCGCAGUGUGUCGGGUGGGCUGUGCUCUGUGUAUUUAUCGUCCACUGACAAGGUUGUCAGCAUCUCGAGCGAGCACCUUGAACCAGUCACCCCUGUGAAAAAUGAUAAGGUGAAGGUGAUUCUGGGCGAAGAUCGGGAGGCUACAGGCAUGCUAUUGAGUAUCGAUGGUGAGGAUGGGAUUGUCCGCAUGGAGCUGGAUGAACAGCUGAAGAUCCUCAACCUGAGAUUUCUUGGGAUCCUGAAUGAACAAGGAACAGCAUCAUCUGGAAAAGAUGUAUAUAGUCGGAAGUAAUAGAACUCUCUUCUGUGGAGUUUGGUUCAGAUUUUUAGGUUUCCUUCUAUUCUUGUGUUUUUGCUUUGAUAAUGUCUUGCUUAUUGUGGGCAGAUUUUAGCAGUGGUUGUCAAAAAAGACCAAAAAUAGCAACAAUUAGUUAUUUGAGUAAAUGGAAUAAUGCAUAUUAAAUUGAUAGUGCAAUGAAAAGUGGCCGUACAUUUUAUAAGAAACCUGUUUGAGACUUAAAUGGGUAAAUGGUGAUUUUUUUUGUUGUUGCAUAAGGCAGUUUAUGCAUGAAAGGAGUAAAAAGAGUUUACCGUUUGACAGUGAAGAUAAAUACUUUUUGUAGCAAUGGAAUGGUACUUCAGGAACAUGCUAAAACCUAUUUUUGUAAUAAGAGCACUUGAGUAGAUGAGAGAGGGCACAUGAAAAAAUAGACAAUUUUGACAAAAAAAUGCUACAAUUAUUUUUUAAACUAGAUAGUUCAAAAUUGUCGUUUGUGUAAAUUGAAAGCUUUAUAUGUUGCCACUUGUUUUCAAAAGAUUUGAAGAUGCUUUGAAAACCACGUUAGCUAUUCCAUUUUCAAGAGUAAAUCUCCAGACGUUUGGAGCAGCUUUAGAAAUAAGAACACGUUGGAAACACUCGGCAGGUUGGGGAGCGUCUGUGGAGAGAGAAAUUGAGUUAACUUUUCAUCGGAACUGCAUAAAGUUGGAGACAAAGCAAAGUUUAAGAUGCAUAAUAAGUUUUAAGAAGAAACAAAAAAAACGAUGUGAUGGAGAUUAGAUGGGAUUAAAUGACAGAAAUCCUAGUUUAUUCCUCACUCAGACCUCAGUUCCUAAUUCUCCAGAUUUCUUUGGAUUGAAUUCAUUUUGCAAAAAGUCACGAUACAAAAUUUGGACCACAUCAGCGUUCCAGUAUUGCUUAUGAUUUUCCAUCUGUGAUCUUGUCAGUGUCAAGAGGCCCUGAGCAAUGUCCCAACGGCCAGCAAUGAAGAGCUUUUGGAGAGGCUGUUAUUAUUGCAUUGCCUGUGCAGAAAUUGCAGUCAAUGGCUGUAGCUUUUAACAGGCCUAGCACAGAUGAGGUUUUGCCCCAGAUCCUGUGCUUUGUGGCCAGAUGUGAUUUUUUUGAGGUAUCUGCAGAUGCCAGACAAGAUAACCUGACUGACCAUUUCCAGAAGGUUCGAAUCUGCUUGCGAUUUCUCCAGCAAUUGUGCUUUUAAGGUUUCAAGAUUACUGUUUGAUUAAUACAUGAAGUUUCUGCAGCUUCCUUCCCCAUGUCAGUUAGCAUCAUGGAAAUAUAGUCCAAAACUUAAAGAGAUCUCAGAAAAAAGACCUGGAGUACCGUAACGGGUCAAUCUGUAUCUCUGGAGAACAUGGAUCGGAGAUAUUUCAGGUCGAGACCCUUCUUCGGACCCUGAAGAAGAGUCCUGACUCGAAACAUCAUCUAUCCAUGUUCUCCAGAAAUGCUGCCUGACCAGCUAAGUUACUCCAGCAUUUUGUGUCUUUUUUUUGUAAACCAGCAUCUGCAUCUCCUUGUUUCGACAAGAGAUCUCAGAACCUUGAUUCAAAUUUUAUUGCAUGUAUAUUCCAUAAAUACAUUAUUACAACAAAAGUUAACUUGGGAAAACAUCUGCCAUAAAAUUUCCAUUUUGGGCUGUUGUACAGUUAUAAAACAAUAUCAAUUGGAAAAGUUGCAAAUGAUAAACCCAGUUUUAUUCUACCAUUAGAUCUCCAGGUUAAUUUUAUUGAACAAUGACCACUGCUAGGAUCUGCUUCUGCUGACUUGUUUACUAAAUGUCACCUAAUGUAAAAUGUAUUUCUGUGGUUUGGGAAUACCAUUCGUAUGGCCAAUAUUUGAGCUUGUAAACCCAUUUGCUCCAAAUAGAGUCAAUAAAAAAGACUUGCAGAUCUUAA